GAAGAUGUCUCUGACCGCGUGCAACUGAUUUCAGUCAGUCCAACCGGCUUACACCAGCGGCUCGACACCGGCAUCACCAGCAUCUGCCAGCUAGACAACGUUAAAUAAUGAAGAUCUGGGCAUCAGAGCACAUAUUCAACCAUCCUUGGGAGACGGUGACCAAGGCUGCUAUGCAGAAGUAUCCCAACCCCAUGAACCCCAGUGUGAUCGGAGUGGAUGUGUUGGACAGAAGCAUCGACAAACAGGGACGCCUCCACAGCACAAGGCUGCUGGGCACAGAGUGGGGUCUUCCAUCCAUAGUGAAAUCUAUCAUUGGUAACGCACGAACAUACACGUACGUUCAGGAGCACUCGGUUGUGGAUCCCGAAGAGAAGAUUUUCCAACUUCAGUCCUCAAAUAUCACUUUCACAAACAUGGUGUCUGUGGAUGAAAAGUUAACAUACAAACCACACCCUGAGGACCAAGACAAAACAAUACUGACCCAGGAGGCGAUUAUCUCUGUGAAAGGAGUCAGCCUCAGCAGUUACUUGGAGGGAGUAUUGGCCAGCACCAUCUCUGCUAACGCUGGAAAGGGCCGUGAAGCCAUGGAGUGGGUGAUCAGGCGACUGAAUGCAGAGAUCGAGGAGCUGGCAGCCACAGCACGCGGGACCAUACGAGCCCCAAUGGCUGCUGCGGUCACUGAGAAAUGACACCUGCCUCUCUUUGCCAGCAGGAUCUGAGAGAAACUGCACGCCAGCACAUCGAGCCCCUCUUUAUGAUGCUCUGGUGCUGUUUUGGUGCUCUGGAGUUUUUUUUUGUAUUGUUUUAAGGUACAAUUCAUCCAUCUCGUAUACUUGUUACUAUCUACAUUAGAUAUAUUUUUAACAGCAGACGGCAACAUAAGGGGAUUCUGUGGAGCGUCUUUAGUGGGAUGCUGCCUGACAGGACCUGCUGUGAUAAGAGACUCAGGGACAAGUUUGAACACCACUGUUAUCUGUGGGUUUACAAACAUGUAGCUAAGAGGUGCCCCAGGCACUGGAUGAGCUGAAAACAAGGAAAGUGCCAAAGCAGACGCACCUCUUUUUGUCCAGCACUUUUACCUCAGAAGUCUCCUUUGGCAUGAACUCUCUUUUUACAGCGACGGUUAAAAGAAAAACAGUUAUGAUGAGAUGUAUAGAGGGGACUGGGAGGAAAGCGCCUGUCGAGACACAUUGGCAGAAAACAAUGCCUUGUUGAGGCAGGAGACAAAUGCAAUGCAUGUCAAGGGUACAUGGGAGAGGUUUGGUUGACAUGGGGAUAUGUGCAUGUUUAUAUGUGCAAGAGAGCCAUCUCCAACAAUGUUUUCAUGCGGGACCUCAGUAAUAACAAGACACACUGCACCAGGCGACAUCUGCAAGCCUGAAUAUGAACUGUAUUUUGUUAUUAUGUGAUAACUAAUGUUAUUUAAGUGAAAUGAAGGGAUCAAGGUAUUUGCCAUAUUUAUGUUUUUGAAGAAAGGUAGAAGGCCUUCUCAAAUGCUGCAUUGGUAUAACUUUGAUAUAAAUCAGAAAGAUGUGUGGAGACUAAACACAACAGUAAAAAUGUUUAGUAACACGUCCAGGUUCACUACCUGGACGUGUUUGCUGAGCUCAAACUGUUUUAUCGAUACUACUGUUCCUCUCACCGAGAGAUCUGAGAGCUUUGCAUCGACUUUUAUUUGCACUUUACGAGAUAAUGCGUGUUAACAAUGAAAAGCUGCUACACAUGUGAUGAUGCUGUGAAUGUUUGACAGACAAUUUGUAUUUGAGAAGGUCUUUCUUUAUGUAAAAGACAGCAGUGUGGAGAUGUGAACGAUUUAGUUUCUCUAUUAUAAACACAACCUGUAACAGGAAUAUUUAUUUAAAGAGUGAGUUGCAACUUCGGUUGCACAUUGAGAAAUGUUAUAAAACAUGCUUGGUUAAUAAUUGCAAUUUGUGCAUUAUGUCUGAGUACUUGUUAAAAGAAACAGUUUCACCAACUGCAGAAUGUGAUAAUAAAAUAUGUUAACCUGUUUGAUAAAAGAUUUUGAUAAAAGAGUUAUGCUGCCACACGUUGGCCAAA